UGUGCCUUUCACAGAGCUGGGAGCUUGAUGGGAAUGUUUGAUUAGCUCCCCUCUGAAAAAGAAAAGGUGUCCAGGCCUCCCCCCUGCUGCCUGCCUCUCAUUCUGUAGUAUAAUGUUGACUGGAGUCUGGGGUACAGAAAAGCUUGGAAAAAAUAGCACUUUCAUACUGUUUGGAGAAAAGGAAUAAAAAGUUGCACACCUCAAGCAAGUGUUUCUUAGUGGCAAACUAGAUUUUGCUUUACUCACCAUGAAGGCCACAGUCAUUGCAACCUUCUUUGGUGUGUUUCUUAUGUGUACAUGUGCAGCUAAGGAAGCCACAAGGAAGAUGAAAAAAGCUAAGCUAUAUUUUGCACUCACAGAUGUACCCCAGAUCGAUUGCGAUGUCAAGGCGGGGAAAAUAAUCAAUCCAGAAUUCAUUGCAAAAUGCCCUCCUGGAUGUCAAGAUGUAAAACACCGCGUUUAUGGCACAGACAUUUACGCUUCCUUUUCCAGUGUGUGCAAUGCUGCUAUUCACAGUGGUGUAAUUGACAACACAGGUGGGAAGAUCCUUGUCCAAAAAGUUGCCGGUCACUCUGGUUACCGUGGAAGCUUCUCCAACGGGGUCCGGUCGCUGUCACUUCCACGCUGGAGGGAGUCCUUCCUCGUGUCAGAGGGCAAGCCAAGAAAAGGUGUAACGUAUCCAUCAGCUCUUGAAUAUUCUUCUUCAAAAAGCACAGCUGUCAAAUCAGAGCCUAAAAAGCCAGAACAAGACCUAAAAGCUAUGAAGAGUGCAGAUACCAUUAAUACAUCAGAAAAAGCAUCGGAACAAGGGGAUGCAGUCCGCAAAGAGUAUCAGACAUCUCCGGUGCCAACACCAGCUACACAAAUGGCCACCACAACACCAACACCAACAACCACGACAACGGAUCCUUCCACCACAAUGCCAAAGCCAACCACAACACCUGCAGCAACCAGAACCACAGCAGUUGCAGCUGCAGCCAAGACUCGGCCUGGACUGCAUAGGGUCAGAGAUAUAGGUUCUAGUAGUGUCCACCCAGCAUACUCAUCUGUGUUAGCUGCAGCAUCAAGACAGAUUCAGGCUGCACAAGGAAGAGGACAGAAUGCAGUAUUCAGAAGCACUUCCACUUCUGCAAGUAACAGGAAUAUUUUACGACCCAAUGCAGGUAUUCAGCGCCAAGAGCCUAUCGCUGCCUUCCGAAGGGCUGCUGGCUCUCCAGCCCACCUGGCAAUGGAAACAGACUUGUGGAAACCUGGACUGAGCCUUUUUGAUACAGGCUACAGUUCAAAGGAAGAAUUGAAUCCCAAACCGCUGGAGUCUAUCUCCCAGGGGAACCCGAAUUGCAAGGUUGACCUGUCCUUCUUGAUGGACGGGAGCUGGAGCAUUGGUAAACGUCGCUUUCAGCUCCAGAAGCAGUUCCUUGGCAACGUAGCUCAAGCUCUUGGCAUCGGCAGCACUGGUCCUCUGAUGGGCAUCAUUCAGUAUGGUGAUGACCCUUCCACAGAAUUUAACUUAAAAACUUAUGCCAACUCCAAAGACCUGAGAAACGCCAUUGAGAAAAUCUCACAGAAAGGUGGACUUUCCAAUGUUGGGAAGGCACUUUCAUUUGUCAACAAAAACUUCUUUUUGGAUGCUAAUGGAAACCGAGGUGGAGCACCAAAUGUGGUUGUAGUGAUGGUAGAUGGGUGGCCAACCGACCGAGUGGAAGAGGCUUCUAGGCUGGCCAGAGAAUCAGGGAUCAAUAUUUUCUUUGUCACUAUUGAAGCAGCUGCUGAAAGUGAAAAGCAGAGAAUUGUUGAACCAAACUUUGUGGACAAGGCAGUGUGCAGGACAAACGGUUUCUAUUCCAUCAAUGUUCCCAGCUGGUUCAGCCUACACAAGGUGGUCCAGCCCUUGGUGAAGCGGGUCUGCGACACCGAUCGGCUGGUUUGCAGCAAGACGUGCCUCAAUUCAGCUGACAUUGGUUUCGUAAUUGACGGCUCCAGCAGCGUCGGCACCAGCAAUUUCCGCACAGUCCUCCAGUUCGUAGCCAAUAUUAGCAAGGAGUUCGAGAUUUCAGACACGGACACCCGCAUCGGAGCUGUUCAGUACACCUAUGAGCAAAGGCUCGAGUUCAGCUUUGACAAGUACAGCACAAAGCAGGACGUGCUGAGUGCUAUUAAAAGGAUCAGUUACUGGAGUGGUGGGACCAGCACGGGAGCAGCGAUCACCUAUGCCUUAGAGGAGCUGUUCAGCAAAUCCAAACCCAACAAAAGAAAGAUAAUGAUUCUCAUUACCGAUGGCAGGUCUUAUGAUGAUGUCAGAGUGCCGGCCCUGGCAGCUCACCAAAACGGAGUUAUAGCUUACUCCAUCGGAGUUGCCUGGGCAGCCCAAGAUGAACUGGAAGCAAUAGCAACGGACCCUGAUAAGGAGCAUUCCUUCUUUGUGGAUGAAUUUGACAACCUCUACCACUUUGUUAAUGAGAUCAUCCGAAACAUUUGCACAGAAUUCAAUUCCCAGCCACGGAACUGAUAAACUGGAGCAAGGCAGGACCCUCAGUCACCAUGCUGAAGGCACACCAAGUGCCACAGGAGUAAUGCCAUGCCCUCAGUUCAAGAAACACUGGAGGUGUUUUUCUCUGGCACUUUCCAGUCAGCAAGGCUGAUUGCAGCUCUGUCCCUAUGCAUGAUAAUGCUCUGUAGACUGUUGAUUUUUUUUUUUUCCUUGCAGGCUUCAGAAACUCCGAUUUGGAUGGACAGUGAAAGAGGCAGUAAACAUGGAGGAAAUAAGCGGAGCUGCUUGAAAAGCAGCUUCAAGUAUAGAGCCCCAGCUUGUCCGAUUCCUACCUUUGGGCACACACCAUCUCCUUAGUAGGUACUGCCUGCUUCCUGACGUGGCCAGAUCCCUUCAAGAGGCAGCCACACUGCACAGCUGCUGCGGCAGAAGCACCUCUUGUGGCACUGCCCAAAAGAUGACACCCAGAUCAGGGCUGAAGAACCACACAUUUUUUUCUUUUUUUGUGGAGGGACAUAACUCGAAUAUGAGUACCUUCUUAAAAGCAGGCAUCCUCUCCAUUCAGGUCUCUUGCCAGCAAGUUAAGCUUCAGCUAGUGUAAACUCAAACACUGCAAUUUAUCCAAACCCGGAGACUGGGAGGCAAGUGAGAGGAAAGAGUCAAGCUGCAGGACCCUAUAACCAUUUGUUAACCCCAGUAAAUAAAGCCCCAAAUCCACAAAGCAGCCAACACAUAGGAACUGGAAUCUAAUCUCCUAUAGCACUGGAUUAUUAUUUGAUAAUUGUCUUGCCCCUUAGCUCUCUUGCUCUACUCUUGCAUGGCUCAAGGCUUGCAGGACUGCAGGAAAGCUGCCAUGACAGGAAAUUGAGACAAAAUAUGGAUUUAAGUUGCUCGCAAUUAGAAAAGCAUUUGAGACCCAGUGCUGUAUCAUUAAACUACAGCUCGAAACAGCUUGCAGCAGUCUCUAGGGUGAGAAGAACUAUUCAAGAGCCAUUAUUAGGAUUUAAGACUAAUAAUUUGGGACUUCAAAUUUGACUUCUCUUUUAUGGAUUGAUUUAUAAAUUAACCUACUACAGCUCUGCAUGGUUGUUUCUGAAAUGAAGAGCUAGCUGUAUCACUAGCCAGGAAAAGAGGAGUGACUUAUCAAGGACGUCAAAGGAACUGCACUUUAAUUAGGAAGCAGCAGUUGCUGGUUAUGUUUCUAUCCAGUAUAAUUUAAGAAAACAUAUUCAUUAAGUGAAGUUAUUGCAGGAAAGGGAUGAAGUUUCAGACGCAAUAGAAAUGCCCGUGUUCAUACACCUUAUAGCUAUCAAAGCCAUAAUGCAUCAGGAGGAACUUGUGGAACUAACAGGAAAUGGGAAGAAAUUAAAAUCCAAAUUUUACAUCUUACUUGCAAACUAAGUUUAAUAGCGUUCCUAGUUUAAUAACCAUGCCCCAGGAUGUUUAUUAUUUACAUAAAAAUAUCAGUUGGAGUAAAUUCUCAUAAUAGAGACCCCUUUCUGUGGACAAAAGUAGCGCAACUUCUUAAAUUGUUCAGAAACAUGACUGAAGUAGCUCAAGAAUUACCAAUUACGUAAGCAUAAUGCAAACUAAGUGAGAACAGCAGAUUCUGCAUGAUCUCCCUGGUGUGGUUACAUAAGCCAGACUGGGGUCCUCUCAAGGGGUUAUCAAAACCAACCCUGGAUGAAACAGUGGGUUUACACGGGGAAGGUUCAGGUCUUCCUUCCUCUUAGAAGAAACAUUCAAAUGCAGCUUUAACUGAACAUCAUCAUACAAUGAUGCUACCAAGACAGAAGUUCAGGGCACUGUCAACUUACAAAAAAAAAAUCAAAACAGAGACAUAAAUGUAUUUUUAUACAGAGUUUUUAACAUUAAUCUGUCCUGCUGCACUUCCACAGCAAUAGCCUCUUGGCUUGAAAAAAGUAAAGAUCGAGAGUUAAUAGAGUUAAGUAGAAGCCGAGCAACCCCUGAUACCGCCAUCUCCUGAUCCACAUCCCUCACUACUAUUCUGUUGAAAGUACCUUCCUCUGUGAACAAGGGACAUUACAUGGGCUGGACAAAAUGCAAAUGCAUAAACUGAACGUACUGGGGACUUCAGUUCAGACACCAGAUUUAUUGUCUUGGGGUUUAAUUUGGGGCUACCUGAGAAAAAGACCUACAUUUUAAAUUUUAGCUACUCUUAAUAUCAUGGUUUAAUUUUUAAUGCAACAGCCAUACUGGCCAGACUCUUGCAGCUCAGAAGACUGGUACUCUGCAGAGACUUCCCAAUGUUUCACUUGUGCUCUGCCAAAAGCACAGCACAGGUGGCCAAGACUUUCAGGAACAGUCAGAGCCAUAAGUGUUUUUUAAGCACAUGCAUUUUAAAUUCUCCCAAAAGCUAAAACUUCAAGCAAUGAGCUUUCAAAUGCUCUUUCACAGGGAAGAUGCACAGCUACCUUUUCUGUGUCAAGCACUUAUAAAGGGCACUGCAGGGUUUGUUAUGGUUUAAAUGGUUUAUCUUAACUUCACAGAACAACUACGGUGCUUGGUUGCCAAUAUGCAUUUUUAUUAACUUCUUGGGAUGAUGUCAAAGUUGUUGGAUCUCGAAGUGUGGAAUUGGUUGAAGGUUUAAUCUGACUGGCAUCUAAACUUAGAUAUCCUAUUCAUAAACACUAUAAACUCACGCAUAAGACUCAAAACUUGUAAAAAUACAUCUUUCCAUUAACAACAGAAUCAAAUUAAUCAGCACAGAACACACUCCUCUUAACCUUUACCUUUCAUAGCAAUCAAAAUACUUGCCAUCUACUUAAGUCUCUAAAUCCUGUUUUAUUAAAAAACAAGAUAACAUGUAUAAAUGUUCAUAAAUGUUUGAGAGGGUGUAUUUGUUUGAAGAAAGCAGCAGAACUCCUUCUGUAACAUAUAAAAGCUAUUUUGAAUUCAUCAGUACAAGUUGCUAUAUCUUUUGCAAUAAAAUUGUCUCAAAGGCAUAUGCAGUACAUGUCGCCUCAUACGUGUUUAAAAAUAAACACCAAUAUGGUCCAUGCCAUUUUAGUUUCUAAAACACAGCUGAGGUAUUUACUAGAUUAUGGAAGCCCUAGUAAGGCUGGUAUAGCUUCAGGUGUUUCAAUGUCAUCCUUUUACAUGCUAAGCUGAAAAAAGCCUAAGAGCGAGCUAGCAGAGGAAGGACUAAAUUACCUAUCGCAUGAAUUAGUCUUUCAGAGUCUAAUGGCUGAAAGGCAUCAAAAUCAUAUGUACUUCCCCAGGUCUGCAAGAUCAUGUCUUAUUUGGAACUAGACUUCUUUUAGAAGCUGUAAAAAAAAUCAAUGCCCUCUCUACACACUUUUGAGGUGCAGGGCCAUAUCAAAGAGGAUCUAGAUGUCCAGAUGCUUGAUGCUGGGCCACUUAGUUUCAGAUGCCUGAGCAGUGUGGUGGAACCUGCUGUCUGGCUGAGGAAUCCAAAAGAGAAGGGCACAAAAGGGUUGGACUUGGAGGCAGUCAGCCAACCAGGGCUGGGAGCUGUCUGAACUCGUCACCAGAUACAUAGUCAAAAGGGAGUUGUCUGAUUACCCUCUCCCUAGGAAAAAAGUGUCUUUGCACUCAGGAGCUGGGCUGGUGUGUUAUCACUGCUCAGCAAUCACAAUGCAGAACACCCGUCUGGAAAUAAAUACUGAUGUCCAUGCUCUGAAAGCUUUGGGGAAGCUCCACGUCAGAACCUUUUGCCUUUAACUCCAGCAUCAGCUAGUCACACUUCUGGUGAAAAGUUCAAUUCACAUUUCAACCAUCUCUUCAGAGAGAGGUACCUCAAGGCCAUGUUUCCCAACAGUACCUUAACCUUGCUGGUCCAGAAGUGGGACACUCGGCACCUCUGCUGUCACUGUGCCAGCCUGCACAGCAGCCAUUGCCUACCAUGUCACUGUCUUGCUCCUCAGCUGCUGCUGCUUUGCUGGUUCAGCAAGAGGAGAGUUUCUCCAUGACAGCUUUUCUGACAGCUGGGCAGACCAACUAUCCCUUCCUCCUUGUGUCUCUCCCCGACGGCUCUCCAGCACAUGAAGGGAACUCUUCCAGUAACCAGGAAAGCUCUGGGGUUAAGCAUCCAGACAGGAUCAACCCAAUCAUAAUGUCCUCAGUGGAUCUAACACCCUACUUGUAAACUCCACAGAAAAUUAUCCACAUUAUCUACUUAGCAAGUCAAAGCAAACAGUAAAUAUUACCUAAACACCUAACCUAAGGCAGUCUUCUGUGGUACACAUACCUUAUAUUAUUUCAUGGUUGAACAAAGUCACUAUCAUUCUUUGUCAUUAUGAAAAAAAAUUGAUCCCUUUUCUUUUCCAUUCCCAACUCAGUUUGAGAAGUCUUAAGAUAGUAUGAGGCAAUCUGCAUUUCCUAAAUCACCUAUAUACUGAAAACACCAUAAGCCUACAUUUAUAUAGCUAAGUGCCUCAAAUUCCUCAAAACAGUCUUGUUUACCCUUGUUAAAAUCUUAAACUGAAGGGUAUUGCAGGUUUUAGCGCUGCAUCAGCUACAUCACUCACAAUCAGCUUUCAGUCAUUCUGAAUGGCAAAAGGAGCAUGUUGUUUUUCUUGACAUGUUUAACUCCUCUGAUUUCUAAUAAAAACUCUGAUAAUGCAGUUCAAGAACUCCAAUACUCACUCAUAGAAAUAACUUCCUCUGAAGCACAAACAGAAACAGUAGUUAAAAUUUUCACCAUACAGCUGAAGAGAAUACACUCAAUUUUCUCAAAUCAUUAUGAGCACAUCUUGUUCAUAGGCAAAUCCACAAGGAUGUUAGGAAGGCUUCGCAUAUGGAAGGGUCAGUUCUACAUUGUUUGUGAAAUAUUCUUUCUCUCCACCUCAGGAAUCUUCUGAUGACCCUUUCUGGAGGCAGAACACUGGGGUGAACACAAAUCAUAUUGUCAUUUCCUAAAGCAAUUCUUCUUUUCAUAUAAGGAGGGAAGAUGAGUAGGACUAAAUCAGAAGGGUUAUUUUACCUACCAUGGAAAGGAGAUGAGAACUUCAUUUAUCCCACCUACCAGUUUAGAAAAAACAGGAUGGACUCACUAAGAAGUUGUUCUGCUCACUUCUGUGUAGGUUCCCAUACCACCCCCUCAACAGUGCCGUUCUGAGCAUUUUCCCAUAGCAACACAACUACCAUCUGUGAUUUGUGGUUUGCUCUCCCUCAUCCUCUCCCCAAGGGCAGAACCCCGUGCCUUGCUGAGAUCAAUGCACAGCUGACAGACCAGCUCCUGCACAGUAGCACUCGGUGUGCCUGUUCUGUUCAGCCCAUGAAGAUAUUGGGCACUGUCCGCCUAAGUGCACGGAAAGAUGUUGGGUGCCAAGAGUGUCAAGACAGCAGAGCAGUACAAAACCAAGACAUACGGAGAUGACAAAACCCGAUAAACUACUGUGAAUGGUAAUGCUUUGCACAGUUCAAGAGGAAGUUCACAUGAAGUUACCUCAUGCCUCUCCAAAUGCAUGUCUACUUGUCCUAGUCCGAGUGCACUUACUCCUCCUAGCAGAAUUAUGAACACAAUACAAAAUGUUGAAAAAUAGUAUUUAUUAGCACCCAAUUUACAUAAUUAUAUGGUACAAAUGACACUCACUUGCUGCUGUAACAUUAAAUAAAGCUGCUCUUAAAAACCAUUGCUUAUAUCUGGAAGUCCAUGUGAUUUUUGCUCAGCACAGAAUGCGGGUACAGUAUACAGCUACCCCACUUCACUACUGUCAUACCAAUACAAAUACCUGCAUGGUUACCUCGAUGUGGUCUCAUUUUAAAUGGCACACUAACAUAAGCAGAUCUAUAUAAUUUUAAUGACAAAAUAUUUACUUGGCUUAUUCAGGCAAGUGAGUGUAGCUUUAAAUAUAACCUAUCCAAGAAGUUUCACAAAGUAUGAAUUACAGUGAAAAAGAAAAACUUCAGGGCUGCAACUGAGAAGCUCAAAAAUAUACAAGUGUGUUUCAAAAUAAUCUCCCUCUAAUUUUUCCAUCUUUGCCGUUUUAGGUAUUCAUAUUGAAUUUCAGUAAGAAGUUUAAUAUUAAGCGUUUGAAGAAGCAUUUUCAUUUAAAGCAAAAAUUUAUAUUUUUUAUUAUAAAGACUUAUCAAAUCUUUGGAGAAUGAAUCACUUUUUCACUUUUCUUAUAUCCCACAAUUAAGAAGCCUUUCUGAAAUCGCGGAAUACACGAAUCUUAUGGAUUCUUAUUCCCAAGAAAACUAUUUCCUCCCCAAGUUAGAAAACAGAACUUCUCAUUUAAUUUAACUUUUGUUAAAUUCACUUUUGUACGACAGUAGCAUUUAAAUAGGGUAAUUUGGUGACACUGAAAUUCUGAUACAACCUUGUACUGAGCCAUACACAAACUGACAAGCAGACUAUUACUCAACAAGUAGAUAUUUCUCAUUUGGAUCCACCACUCUGCAAGACACUUGAAGCCCAACAUUGUGCUAAAGUAGUCACUCUAAACUGGCGUGCAAAAUCAUAACCUCAGCAUAAUCCUGAAGGGGAGUCUUAAUUUCCUUUAGUUGCUUAUGUAUCAGUCACAGUAGCCUUUUCAUACCAACUGUCUGGCAUGGAAGUGACACAAACAGAAGAGGAGCAACUGUAAUUACUAACAUUUAAGUGGUUAUCACCUGUGGUGUCUUCUCCAAAAGAGAACUGUCAAGUAACUCUAAGUUCAACAGUUAUUCUUGUAGAGAGGAAAAUGUAUAUUGAUAUAAACAACAACAAAAUGUCCAAACUACAGCCCAUAAGGCAAAGAAUUAUGUUUGGAAUAAUUUUAUGGGGUUUUUUUUAACCUUUUUUUUUAAAAAAACCCAAUUAUUAUAAGAUAUUUAUGCAAAAUACAAUGCAGGUAGUUGAUAUGCUGACAAAUGUCAACAAAAAAUUUUACAGCAACAACAGUCCUUCCAUUACAGAUUUUCUUCUAAAGUUUUUUCAGAUGUAUGACUCAAAGAAAAUAUAGCACAAGAUUGCUUUUCAUUCUGCUUGGGCUAUAAAGGUACAAGAAAUUUUUAGCUAAUAACGUCCUUGGUUUGCAUUUCCAGAAAGAGUGCUAACACAUAAGAGACAGAUUUCAAAACGUCUGCAUGUUUCUAAAUGCCUGACUGCAAGCAAACAAUUCUAGGAGCCAUACAUCUGGAAAAAAGGCUACAUUCAACAAGCACUAUCUUGAUGACAGAAAGAAUAAAAAAAUAAAUUCUUAAUGGAAAAAUAUUAGCUUGAAGUCCAUCAUUUAUCCCUUAUACAAUGUUUUUGGCUGCUUUUAGUAAGUAAUCAAAAAUAAUGCAAUUAUUUGGCUUGGCAACUAAUUAUCCCUUUCCUUUCAGAAUAAUACAAAUCCAGCUGCAUAAAUAUUUUCUCAACAUCUGAGUCUAACACGCUGCUGCAAGGACCAAGGGUUUCUUGAAAUAGCAGAGAAGUAAUUUUGGGAGCCUGCAAUUCAAACUGAGGAAAUUCAAGUAGACUGGGUUUGAGGACCAUGUCAACAUCAGGCUUUGAGUAGCUUAACACGUGCAGGCAUGGUUUAAAUGUGGAUGUGAUCUCUCAAGAUCACAACAUGGCUUGGCAGCACAAGCAGGGCAAAACUAGUUUAACACACAACACCACCACCCAGACUCAAUCAGGAAGAAUGCUGGGCUAAAAAGAAUAUAUUACUAUUAAAUGCCUUUUUACUUCAGCUGGAUUUUGUCAUCCAGCAACAAAUAUCUCCUGACAAUAAAUCAGUUGAAAUCCACAAAUUGUACUACUCAUCUGGAUUUACACCUUCUAUAGCGAAAUACAGAUUCUCAAAACCAUCUUAAAUGAUACAGGACUCACAAGUUUUCACAACACAACUUAGAACAGCAAAAUUAAGUCAGCAGGUGGGGUAAGAGAUAACUCAGUAGAAUUAAAUGAACCAGGAAUAAGGUACAAAUCACCCUUUUGGUGGUGGGAAGAGUAGGGUUGAAGCUAAAGCUCCACAACUCUUCAGAAAAUACUGAAAGAGAAAAUCAAUAGUCCUCUAUGAAAUUUAUCUCACUAUGAGAGUCCACUACAGAUGGGAUUUUCACAUUCUAAGAAAAUAUAACCUAAAGGAGGAUGUAAGUGGGAAGAUAAAAAUCAAAUAUCAAAACGAUAGAUAACCUGCACAACAGGUAUGUUCAUUAGCACAGGCAGAAACAUCAGUUUAAGAUCUUAUUUCCCACCAUCCUUCCUCCUGGGACUAGUUCCACCAGCUGAACGAGAGCAGCUGCCUGAGCAAGGACUAUUUGUACAAAGCUCACCUUCACUGUUCCCAUCCCUUGACUCCCCACGUUUGUUCAUUUGCACUGUUGUAUGUAAUAAUAUCUUUUACAACAUGGUUACUUCUUGUAAAACAUCCCUGAUGCAAUUGGAUGGAUUAACAUUAUGGUUUUCACCAGUUUCUCACCUGCUCAGUAAAAACAUUGCAGAGGUUUUGACUAGCAGUUUACAGGUCACUUGUUUCAGUAACGGUGUUUGUCUCUAAGGUAAAAAGACACCAAUGAGGAAAGAGUCAAGACUAUGCACCUACUGUAACCCUCUUCAACCAAACACUUUAUCGGAUUUAGAUAAAAUAUUCUCAACACCUUCACAUCCUUAUGAAAAAAGGGAGCUUCCUGGAACAGUUAAGUAAUUUUUCCAAAGAAAUCCUUGCUUCCUCUCUGUCACUCAAUACUAACAGCUACACUGAACAUCCCUGUGAUGCUUACCACAACAGCAGAUGCCAAAGAAAAUUCAAAUUACUCAAAUAUUGCAACAUUUUAUACAAAACAAUUUACCCUACCUAAGUGGACUACUAUAACAUUCUGAUUUCUUCAUUUUUGACAAUGUAGUCCAAAACAAUUUCCACUAAGUAGCCACAAAUUUCAGAAUGUUUUAAAAUGCUAUAUUAUAAGCAGCAUCACGUUUUCACAAUUCCCAUGAAUCUUAUCCAUUAGAAAGCUGAAGGACAUACGUACAAAGUGAGUCACAAAUUAUCUGGAACCAUUGGUCCCAUUCAUAUCUCAUUUGUAUGAGAAAGUACUGAAGGAGUACUUUUUACAGAAUGGGCUGUUUAACAUAAAGCAAGUCAUACAGUUGACAUUGUAUAUAACAUAGAUUAAAUAUGUAGAUUAUGACUGAAGGAAAACAAGCCUUGAGUAACAAGCCUAAAAUUCUACUCUGCUUCCCAAAUUUUGUGGCUUUGGUUCAAUACUAACAGACAUCAUGAGACAAAGUCUUGGUCCUACAAUUAUCUUUUAAAAUAAAUAUUUACCCAGAAGCAAAAGAGUAGCCCCACUACAGUGUCUGAGAAACUUACCUUCACCUAACUAGGUCCCCAGCAUGAAGACUAUGUUAGCAGGAGAGUAAGUUCUGUUCUUAGAAGUUAAGUAAUAAACUAUUACAAAGCUCUUUGCAUCUCCUCAUCUAAAGCGAUAUGGUUUUGAAAUCUGAACAAUCUCCAGUUUUUAUGUUGACACAAGAGUGCACAAUUUGGGGUCUGGAUAUAUAUAACUAGAUUUUAUCCUUCAUACAACCUGCAACCAAUGGAUGAAUGAAUAAGCUGAAAAAAACUUUUCAUGUUUUCAUUUGUGAUACCAUCAAUCUAAAUGCCACACUGUUCUCCCAAGCCCAGUUCUCCCAAUAGUAUACCAGUCACAUGGAUGGCAUAUCGGUUCUGGCCAUUUAAUCUACUAUCUAUGCCUCAUAGAGUUCAGCAAAAGUCUCCCUGCUUCCCUCGCAGUUUAGCAUACAAAUCAAAUGACCACUGCUACAGACCUUAAAAAUAAAAACAUAAAUAAUCUCAGUUGCAGAUACCCUCGCACUGCAGAAAUUACUUACGUUAGACUGCAAACCUGAUGCUUCAGCAAAGAUGACUGCAAGGAAAACACUGCUAUAGUCUCUUGUACAGGCACAGGAACAAUGACAAUGGCUGCAUUUCCUUCCACGACUCAACCCACAUUGCUAGGUUUUACCAGGUUUUACUAGAUAUUUUACACAGCUAUCAAGCAGGCUCCCAAGGACAGUCUGCAAAGACAGUGCCAAACCACAGGCUGCAAAUGCUUCCAAAUACACAUCUUGAAAGGCCUUAAAACACCCCUUCAAACUUGCAUAUCUGAUGCCUAUGCCUUCUUUAGGGUUUUUUUGUUUCCUUGGGGAUGGACUAACACUUCUGCUGAUCAAACGCUACUCAAAUGGCACAUUAGUUUCUGGAAAUUGCUGCUCCCCAAAAUUACAUUGUUAAAAUGUGAGAAAGGAGGUGAGGAAAGGGGAUACAUCUGUGAUCAAACAGGCAUACCGAAAAAGGUGGUGUAACUAAGUUCUUCAUCUCUUGUACAUUUAUUCAAAAGGACAAGUUUCUGGUUACUUUAAAUUCACAACUGCAAAAUGGUGUUGUAUGAUCUAUGCACAAAGCUGUAUGGUGAACAUCAUACACUCAAUUAAAGACAUUACAUAUGGGACUGCUUUAAUGUAACAAAUGGCCUAAAAAAUUACCUAUAGUAUGCAACAUAUAGUUCUGUAGGCUUCUUGCUAAAGAAUAUAUUUUACCAAAAUAAAGAAGAAUGAGAACCCAAAAUAUUCAUCAGGUGAUUUUUGUAAAAGUAAUAAAAUCUUUUACUUGGUGUGAUAGAAGUUUUCCAUUGAGAAAAAAAUAAAUGCAGACACUACCAAUCUCUAAGAGUGAAUAAUUAUACCUAGAGCUUCUUCCAGGCUACUCCGAAGAAUUUUGUGCAAGUGUUUUGGUAACUGAAUCAAAUAUGUGAAAGUAAACGGCACAGUAAAGUAAACUGGAAAUGAGGGUAUUUAAACCUAGCAGGCCAAUUUUCAACAUACAGAAGGACUGAAAAUUCUCCCAUUAAAUUAGUUAGUAAAAUCAAAAUCUUAGCACAGGCUAACACACACAAAAAUUUCUAUGAGUUAACCAUUAAAAAAUGUACUAUGUAAAUUAGAUAUGGGAAAAAUAGUAAUGGUAAAAUACCACAUACUGACACUGCACAAAAAAGCUUUUCUGCAAAAAUAAGCCUUAGGUCCCAUUUUGUUUACAUCUUCAACAGAUGUAUGGAUCACAUUCACUAAAGUUCCCAAUUACACUGAACCAGGAAGAACUGCACAGAAAAAGUUAAAAAAAAAAAAAGAA